GCAGCAGCCCUCACUUGCCCAGCCCCGGCGGCCUCCUCAGCGCCACCGGCCUGAAGCUGACCAGCCUGGGCUUCAUCCUCUGCCUCAGCCUGGCUGGCAACCUGCUCUUCGCCUGGCUCAUCCUGAAGGAGCGCCACCUGCACCGGGCCCCUUACUACCUGCUGCUGGACCUGUGCCUGGCCGACGGGCUGCGCUCCUUGGCCUGCUUCCCUUUCGUCAUGCUCUCGGUGCACAGCGGGGCUGCCUCCUGGCCCCACGGGCCGCUCAGCUGCAAGGUGCUGGCUUUCCUGGCCGUCCUCUUCUGCUUCCACGCAGCCUUCCUGCUCUUUUGCGUGGGCGUGACCCGAUACAUGGCCAUUGCCCACCACCGCUUCUACGCCAAGCGCAUGACGGGCUGGACCUGCCUGGCGGUGGUGUGCAUGGUCUGGACCCUCUCCAUGGCCAUGGCCUUCCCGCCCGUCUUCGACGUGGGCACCUACAAGUUCAUCCAGGAGGAGGAGCAGUGCAUCUUUGAGCAUCGUUACGUGAAGGCCAACGACACUCUGGGCUUCAUGCUCAUGUUGGCCACGGUCAUUGCCGCCACCCAUUUGGUUUACGUCAGGCUCCUCUUCUUCAUUCACAGCCACCGCAAGAUGAAGCCAGCUCAAUUGGUGCCGGCCAUCAGCCAGAACUGGACUUUCCAUGGGCCGGGAGCCACUGGCCAGGCAGCUGCUAAUUGGACAGCUGGUUUUGGCCGGGGUCCCACUCCUCCGACUUUGGUGGGCAUCCGACAGAAUGCUACCCAUAGCCAGAUCAAGAGGCUGCUGGUCCUGGAGGAAUUCAAGAUGGAGAAGAGGAUCUGCAAGAUGUUCUACAUGAUCACGCUGCUCUUCCUGCUCCUUUGGUCCCCCUACAUUGUGGCCUGUUAUUUGCGUGUUUUCAUGAAGGCCAGCACGAUCCCGCAAGUUUAUCUGACCACUUCUGUCUGGAUGACCUUUGCCCAGGCAGGGGUCAACCCCAUCCUGUGCUUCAUUUUCAACAAGGAGCUCAGAGUUUGUUUCAGAGCUCACUUCCUUUGUUGCCAAAGCAUACAGAAUUCCCAAGGCACCAUUUUAUGUGAUCUGAAGAAUUUGGGGAUGUAAAUCCAUCUUCCCGUUUACAGAAAACAAUUGAAUAAUCUCCAAAAUUUUGUUUUGUAUAUGCACUUGCAAGACAGUUGUCCAAGGAGAUACCUUGACCUCCUUUCACCCAUAUGUUCUAGUUCUUUAUCUACGUGCAAGAUUUUUUUUUUAUUAUUAUUAUUAUUAUUAUUAUUAUUAUUAUUAUUAUUAUUAUUAUUAUUAUUAUAUGCACAGUGUGCAGAGUAAGGAGUAAGCAGGGCUCCAAUUUGCUUGGCUGUUUCUAAGAUUUCUAUAAGUGAUAUUGUUAUAGAUGAAAAGGCCAUACUUUUGUGUUAGUUUUUAUCAAAACCAACAGGGUUUUGUUAAAUUUAAUUUUCAAAAACAUCAGUCUUGAUGUAAAAUUUAAUAAUGGGCCAUUUUUUUUACUAAAGUUAUUUUUGAUGAUCUCAAAAUACUGUAUUACAAUCAGUUUAGAAACCAGUUCUUGUGGGAAACUUUGGGGGUUAAUUUUAUUUCACUCUUUCAGGCAGCAACUUUCAAACUUUGCAUGAUAUAGAAAGGCAGGAUAUAAUCCUAACUGCAUUCAAGGUUUUAGGUCAUUUCUUAUUGACCUAAAGAGAACUAGGUUCACUUGCUUUGAUGUAGGACAAACUUACCUUUUCUUGUUGCACUGUUCCUUUGAUAUUCACUUAGAUACCUUUGAAAAACAAUAGUUUUAAAAACAAGAGGAUCACAUAUCAACUUUGAAAACUGUCAAUAUUAGGUUUUUAAAAAAAGGUUUUUAAAACUAUGACUUUCAUAGUUCACUGGCUUUAUAAGAUGUUAUAUGGGUAAAACUUGUACAUUUUGACUGUUUUAAUAAAACACUGCCCAAUUUUCAUACACGGCAUGUGUUUGGAAUG